AUGAUCCGACACGACCAAGCUGACGAUCCGGCUGCAUUACCAGGUCUUCCAAAGACGUCUUCCUCGAGGCCGUCGACUCCUCCUAGUGCCACUGCAGCACGGGACAGCAUUGGACCUUUGCCAGUCCUGGUUUCCGAAUUGCCAGAAUCUCCCGCCUUCUCCACGAGCUCGACAUUUGACGGUUCGGACGACGAGAUAUCCUCUUCCCCGGCGCUCCCAUCGCUUCAGGCUCCUCAGCUUUCCGAACGGGCUCGCGAGCAUCUGAGGAGAGUUGAUUCACCAACUUCUCCAACUGGGUCGGACGAUAGCAGUGGCCAGUACGUAACGGCAAGCUGGGGUUCGCCAUAUCCACCCAACACCCGCAUCCAUCUGCGCCGGCAAAGUUCCAGCAGCGAGGCUUCUGACGACUCGCCAAUUCACCAGCUUGAGCUCACCACUCCUUUCUUGCGAGGGACGACUUCGCUUUUGCCCACCAGCCAGGUGCAAUCGCCACCUUCGAUCCUCUCAGAAAGUGCUGCCGUACUUUUGAAUCGUGCUCGCAGACCUGUGCGUGGCAUUACCGAAGAUUGGAUUCGUGCCCAUACGACAAACGACCUGACUUCGGAGCAUCGUCACUGGCUAAGCGACGGUGAUUUUAGCGAGCACUCUUCACUGAGCGGCUCCAAUUCCGGCGACGAGGCAGCUUGGUUUGAGGACACCGACCCACGGACUCCCCGGCCCUCUCGUUCCUCGGCUCGUCAUAUCUCACGGCAGCGUUUAGCGCCGCCACGGCAUCCUCGACCACGUUCGAGUACCGAAACUCUUAGGCAAUCUGCCCAUCCUACCCCUCUAAAGAAGGCCAUGGAUUCUCUCUCUGUAGAUACGAGCAACGUUGGGCAGGAUGUUGCCGCCGUCCACACCCCAGUCUCAGCGGCUGGAACGACAGACAAGUCCGAGAUACCUCAAAAUAAUGAGCAAUCCAGCCUGCUUGUCCCAGCACAUCCGCCUGCGACCCCAACCAAAGUAGCAAAAGUUCCCAUUUCCCAGACACCACGGAUCAGGAAAAAGGUGCCAUGGAAGGGGAAGAACAUCAUGGUGCACCUCCCACGGGAUGAUCAGCGCGGCUUGCCUGGUAGAGGUCCUAUUCCACUCACUUCUGCACAGAUGCAGGAUAUGCUUCGAGAAUGGACCGAGCUGGGCUACAACACCAGGGGCUUUGAUUUGCAAGGCCCUGGCGAUAUCUCCAAUGCCUCUCUCGACCCGCUAGAAAACUAUUCAAUGAGUCGUAACGAGUGGCCGAGUCCCGAUGAUAUAGUAAACGAACGAUCUGGUCGCAAGUAUGCAGUAUUGUUACCAGAUUUGAAUGCUUGGAAAGAUUAUGUCAACGAGCUGCAAGAGGCCAAGCUUAGAGCACUUGGUGUCUCUUUUGGCGACGAAGAGCCUGCACCACUGCCUUCAGUAUCCCCCAACCCUUCAAACGCAAACCCACAGAUGCCGAAUCAGUAUCCUCCACUACCGUUCUCGCCACCGAUACCAACAGGGUCGGCCACCAGCAGCGGUCCACAAGGCUUUCCGUUCCCAGGUGCUUUUCACGGUACCUCGGCCACGCAGAGCCCAACUAUUCCAUCUAUGGCCUCGCCGCUAUCUUUUGCUGGCCUGCAAGGCAAAUUCAAUCCUCGGGCAUCCAUUUCGAUUUCUCCAAACGAGCUUCCAUUCCACUUUUCUGGUCAACCCUCGCCCCAUGGUUUCUCGCCUCGGGAUAUGCUGCUGCAACAACAGCUUCAUCGUGCUGGCUCGCCAUCUAUCAUGAACCUAAGCUCAUUGGUCUCUCCUACCUCACCAUUCCAUCAUGACGGUACGCCUUCGCCACUCGGCCUGCAUCAACGCCAUCAGUCGUUGCAAUAUCCCAUGCUGCCCCACCAGCAGCUCCAGCGCCAGGACUCAGCACGAGCGUCUCCACGUCUUCAGGACCUGCGUGAAGAAGAGGAAACUCAGAGCAAUCCCUACGAAGACCAUAGUCCGUCCAAAACCCCAGAGCCUGCUCCCUUUAUCAAGCACAAUGCCAGUGCAAGUCUGCAACGGGAAAUUGACGAUGCAGAGUACCAUUUGGAGGAGCAAUUCCGUGAGCAACUGGAGCAUGAAGAUUACAGCCCUCAUCAAGGGCCUGACAAGAACAAUUAUGGCUUGGUCGAUCCAGCGCAGGUUCCUCUGCCCGGGCACCCUGGUGGGCCCUCUGUCCACUUUGGCAACUUUGGCAACGAUCCGAAUGAGGGUCCCGUGCUGCACCAUCCUCGUCCCCACAGCCGUGGGCACUCACUCACACAGAAGCCAUUCUUUGACAGUGACGAGGCUCGGGACAGCGCAGGUGAUUCCACUAAGGGCCGGCUUCUUACUGUCAAGGAGCAAAGGGGUGAUGAAUCCUAUGAGGUUGAGACAAAUCCAAGCAACCUUGGAACUCCUCUCUCAACCUUUGGACUGGUGAACAAUAUGCAUGAGCGUUCCAUCUCCACAACCAGCAAUCCAUGGGCCGACGCCAGGUCCUUCAAUGGCGACAAACCAUCAUCACGCCGCUCGAGCCAUACUAGCAAGCCGUCUUUGACAAAACUCAAUGCUAAUGCCACGGAGUUCAAAUUCAACCCUACUAGCAAUUUUGUUCCUGGCCAAUUCAACUUUGGAGCUAACAGCUUCCAACCUACUGCAAGCACAUUCCAACCCGCUGCUUUCCAGGCGUCGACCUCGAGCCAUUUCAGUGCACCAUCAACUUCCUCUUCCAAGGGCAGAAUCAACGCUGCGGCGCCCGUCUUCUCUCCUGGUCAAAGCGAAUUUCAAUUCCCCAAGAGCGAGUUCAGCCUACCCGCCAAGAGCGACUUUAAUUUCUCGGCUGCUGCUCCAAAGUUCAACCCAGUCGCUCCAUCGUUCCAGCCCUCUGUUUUCUCUGGUUCGGUGACAAGCGCUGCUGCUUCCGGUCAAGACUCGGACAAUCAUCACGGCUCAAUCUUUGGAAGUAUUGAUCUUAAACUGUCAGACACGGGACUACCAGCCACAGGCAAGAGGAGCAAGGCCAUCCCAAUCGUUCGUCCUGCAAGCCGUCACAAGUCGCCCACGCCCGUUCCGACUGCUGAGCCUGUUGAGGAAUUCGAUAAGGACGGUCGCCCAACGGAUACCAGUCGUCGCGGUAAGAAAUUCAGGGAUGAUGUGGAUGAUGGUGAUGAGGUGCCACUUUUCGCCGAGCCCACUCCAGAGCCUGAAGCGCUUAUGGCUACUCAAGCCAAGGCUUCUGCCCAGGAUGAGGUGGCUGAAGAAGACAAGCCCGAGCCUGAGGAUGAAGAUAACGAUGUCAUUGGUGAUACCACACUGGAUUCCACUGUUCUUUCCGAGUCCACUGAUACCAAGGUCCCAUCCGAAAUUCAUGACACAAAGACGACCACGAGUCCAUCCGCAACGUCCCCUGAACAAGACCAAAUCAACUGGGCUCCAUUUGAAUUCAGAAAUGAGUUGGACGUCCAGGAUUUCAACAAUGCUCGACCGUUUGGUGACUUUGAGGUCGUUGACAGAAGCCACGAAAAGAGCCUCUCCGGAGGUCUUUCUGCCGUUGCUCAGCCAUUCAUGCCCGGUGGCUUUACUUUUGGUGCUCCUAAUCCCGUGGCAACACCAUUUGAACCAUCUUUCAAGGCUCAGCCCCCAACCAUGGCACAACCUGACGAGAGCGAGGAUGAUCGUGGCGCGUCGCCAACUCCUGGCCCAGAGCCUCGCACUGUUGAAGCAGACACGACCACAGUCCAUCGCGAGCCUACUCCGGAGCCCGAGCGUACAUCACAGACCCUGAAAUCGGGCCUGGCUGGCUCUCGCUUCGCUGCUGCACCCCCACGGCAAGGACUUGGGGCCUCCCGAUUUGCCUCGCCGCCCCCUCCGCCAGUGCCGGUGCACAGAGGACUGGGCGAAUCGAGGUUCGCAAAGUCGCCUUCUCCUGUAUCUGACGAGGACGAAGAGGAAGCACCAGUUCCUGAAACUGCCAACGGAGCUUCAGAGCUACAGAGCUUCAAUGAAUCAAUCCCCUCGCCUCAUAGCCCGCCACCCAUCACCACUGUGCCCGAAGAGGUUGAGGAGUCCAGUAAAGAACAUGAGUUGACAUUUGAAGAGAUUGAUGCCGUGAUGCAGCACAUGAAGGAGACUGACCCUACCAUGGGAGUCAACCGAAGUGUUAAAGUAUCACCAGCGCCAGUCUGGCGUCGCCCAAGAAGCCCGGUCCGAACUGUUUCGCUUGCUGCCAUUCCAAAGUUUUCACCGCUGCGCCUACCACAUCAGGAACACAUGGGAAGAGGCGAUGCACGCAGCCCAAGCCCGCACCCAUACCGAUCAUUGCCCCUGGAACCUGGCCCAGCAUUGCUGGAGGAGGAUGAAUUCGAGGAUCCUUUUGUCGCACGCCCUCGGAGCCGCGCCUCGCCUCCUUAUGAGGUUGACGGGCCUGUGCAUCAUCUUGGUGGUGGCAACAUUACCGAGGAUGAGGAAUGGGACAGAGCCUUUACUGCCGAUGAACAAGACAAGCUGGAAGAGCGCGCUCACUAUUUCAACGGUCACGUCCAAGAUCUUGUUGGCGAUAUGUUGACCGAUCGCCUCGAUCCACUCGAGAAGAGCUUGGCGACAAUUCAGCAGGCUUUGCUUGCCAUGGCUGGCCGAACACCUUCAAGCCGCCAUGAACGCCGCAGCGAGCGCCGCAGUGUCUCUGCCGAGGUCCAAGAGAGCGAUGCGGAUGAUGAGGAUGAUGAGGUGCCCAUGACACGAAAGUCCAUGAGCCCCCAACGAAACAGGAAAAUGGAACAGAUCCGCUUUGCCGUCAUGGAGGCACUGAACCAGCACCAUGCCAGCCGUGCACUGCAAUCGGUUAUGGAACAGCCUGAACCCACUCCAUCGAUUGACAAUACCUCUGUUCUCAAGGAACUCCAAGAUAUGAGAGAGCAGCUCAAUCAGUCUUUGCGUGUUGACUUCCCCGCCGAAGACUUGCGCAAUGUGGUCGAGGCAGCAGUGCAGAACCGCAUGCCUCCUACACCGCCACCUGUUGUUCAAGAUGAUGAAGAAGCUACCAAGAAGAUGGCCGAAAUGCAGGCUACCAUUCUCGAGCUUGAACAGCGUCUCAGAGAUCAAAGCGGAAGACUGGAGAGUGAAAUUGAUAUGCGACGAGCAGUCGAGGAUCGUUCAUUUGAGCUUCGGCGUUCACUCGACCAAGCCGAGACCAAGAUCGAGGUGGAAAUCAUGAACCGUAGCGUUUAUGAUCAACGAGUACAUGAUCUCGAGGAACGCCUGAGACAUCAGGAACAAAAGACUGACAAUGAGCUACAUGGCAGAAGGGAUGCUGAAGAUCGGUUGUCAGAGAUCCAGCGGCUUCUUCGCAUUUCUUCUGAAGAAGAAGAUCGUCUCCGCGCAGUGGUGGAGGAGCGUGAGCAAAAGAUUCGGGCUGUGGAGCAGACUGCUGGCAAGAGUGCAAUGCGACUUGCGCUUCUUGAGGCUGCCCAAUCCAAUGCUGACAAGACUCAGAUUGAUCUCACCAACCGUCUCAACGCCACUGAUGAUGAGCUUCGCGGAGCUAGACAAGAGGCUCGUCACUGGCGAUCUGAAGCUGAGCAUGCUCGUGACUCAGCACGCCGACAGACUGAUGACUUGAUCACUGCUGUUGAUGAGUCUAAGCACCUCCGCAAGGUUAUCGAUACUCUCAACGUGCAGUUGUCGGAGACUGAAAAGAUACGCGAAAACUGGCGAGUCAAGUUUGUCUCCAUGCAGGAUGACAUGGCCCAUGCCGUUCGCGAGAUCACAGAGGAGAAUAGCCGACGCCUCAAGAAGGAACAGGCCCUUAUUGCCCGCCAAGAGGUCCUGGAUGCCAGACUUCAGGCCGAGUCGAGAACUCGCGAGCGACUGGAGGCAGAACUUGAGAGACUUGAAGGUGGAGAGCGUGCCGGCAUGAGGGCUGUUGCGGAAUGCAAACGCUUGGAAGGCCUUCUUGGUGAGCUCCGAACUGAAAACCACAAAAUUCAGACGACUGCUCUACACUUCCAACGCGAGGCCAGGGAAGCCCGCGAAUCCGCCGCCAGCGAGGUUCACCGGGCACGCACUUCUACGCAAGCUGAUCUCGACGCUGCCAACAAGCAAGUGAAUGAGGUGCGUGCCGAACUGGAAGAAGAGAUCAACGUACUACGUGCUGAGCUCUCUCAGGCCGGCUUGGCCGCCGAGAGCUUCAAGCACCAACACGAGAUUGUUCUUGAGGAAGAGGUGGCGAAAUUCCGCGCUCAGAUUGACCAAGUCAAGAUGGAUGCCGAGACAGCCAAGGCCCACCAUGACAUGAUGCUUGAGGAAGCACAGGUGACCAGCGCGGCUAGCCUCGAGGCCAUGCUGGCUAAACACCAGAGCGAGAUUGAAGAUCUCCAAACCCGAUAUGAACGCGAACUCGGCAAUAGGACCGAGGAUGCUCAACGUAACGAGUCAAACUUGUUGGAGCGUCUAAGCCUCUCGACGUCCAAGGUGGAGCACCUUCAGGAUCGCGUUGUCCAUCUCGAAGAGAAGGUUCAGAUUGCUCAAGAAGCAGCCAAGGCUGCAGCCCAAGCCGCGAAGGCCGCAGGUGCAUCAGAAACUGCUGUCUCUCAUGCCUCUGCCGAUGCCAAACCACAAGCCGUCACUCAGGCUAUGCAGCUUCCAGAGAAGAUUUCUCCUCAAGCACUCCGCGAGUCCAUCAUGGUGUUGCAAGAACAGCUCCAAGCCAGGGAGCAGCACAUUGAGGAGCUUGAACAGAAGGUGUCUAAACUUGACCCAGAAGCUGAGGUCAAGAUCACCAAGCGUGACGAUGAAAUCACCUGGCUUCGCGAGCUUCUGGCCGUGCGACACAGUGAUCUUCAGGACAUCAUUGCAGCUCUGUCGGCCGAAGAAUAUGACAGAGAGGCCGUCAAGGAUGCAACGAUUCGCCUGAAGGCCAAUCUUCAGAUGGAAGAACAAGAACGCGAACGAGCACUCAACGGCGGUUCUGCCAUCAAUCUACCUGAACUUGCUGCCGCCAUCAAGGGUGCGGCAACACCACGAGUAGCCCAAGCUGUAGGCCCCUUGGCUGCCGCCUGGGGCAACUGGCGCAAAGGAAACCAACCUGCCUUGAACAACCUAUCGAGCAUGCUCUCGUCGCCUUCAGCUGGUAGAAAUCAAACUCCUUCACGAAGCAAGCGAGCUCCCGCAUCUCAAAACAGCCUGCUUUCUGGUCUCAUGACGCCGCCAGCAUCAGGCUUGCGUAACACCCCACCUGCGGAACAGAGCAAGCCACAGCCAACUGCUUUUGGUACUACUGGACGGCGAUACACGGCCGAGCAGUUUGCCAACCGUCCUCGAGGCUCAUCUCUGACUGCACGACAAGCAGAAAAGCUUCCUGUGCCCACCACGCCCCCUCGGCGCAUGCCCGAGCAGGAAGAGCCGGUAACGCCCCCAAUGGCGGGACCAAGUGGCUAUGAUAUCGAUGCCAGCCACAUUGAAGACUUUGAUGAUGCUGGUUUCUUCGACGACUAG